GCCAGUGGGAUGGCAUGAGUCAGUGCGUGCGAAAAUUGGAACCGUUAAAAGCUAAAACCCGCCCAAUACCCACAAACCGUUCACCGAAAAAGAAGACCCUUAAACCCUAACCAGUCAGAUCAGAGAGAGCUCAGAGCUAUUUCCAUGGCGACACAGAGCUCGAAUUCGAGCGAACGGCAUGCCCUAUCGGAUACGAAUCACAAACACUUCUUCGUUAUGAAGGAGUUUCUGUGGGGAGCUAUUGCUGGAGCAUUUGGGGAAGGAAUGAUGCAUCCGGUCGACACCGUAAAAACACGCAUUCAGAGCCAGGCUAUUCUCUCUGCAAGUCAGAAACCGAAGAGCAUACUUCAGAUGGUACGAGCAGUCUGGGUAGCCGAUGGAUUAAGAGGCUUUUAUAGGGGCAUAGCUCCGGGUGUCACUGGUUCUCUUGCAACUGGAGCAACUUAUUUUGGUGUCAUAGAGUCGACCAAAAAGUGGAUUGAAGAAUCACAUCCAAACCUUGAGGGACAUUGGGCACAUUUCAUUGCUGGAGCUGUUGGAGAUACACUUGGUUCUGUUGUAUAUGUUCCAUGUGAAGUGAUGAAGCAACGCAUGCAGGUUCAAGGCACGGUGGCCUCUUGGAGUUCUGUUGUCAUGAAAGAUAAUAUCGCUAUGAAGCCUGGUAGCCAAAUGUAUGGUUACUAUACUGGGAUGUUCCAUGCUGGCUGCUCAAUAUGGAAGGAGCAGGGGCUAAGAGGAUUAUAUGCAGGAUACUGGUCCACACUGGCAAGGGAUGUGCCUUUUGCUGGUCUAAUGGUUAUGUUUUACGAAGGCUUGAAAGAUUUGACAGAGUAUGGGAAGCAAAAAUACAUACGGGAUCCAAAUUUCCAUUUUAAUAGUUCCGUCGAGGGGCUUGUACUAGGAGGGUUGGCUGGUGGCAUGAGUGCGUAUCUUACCACUCCCUUGGAUGUGAUCAAAACAAGACUGCAAGUACAAGGAUCAACCUUGAGGUACAAAGGCUGGUUGGAUGCAAUUCACAGCGUAUGGAGGGCCGAAGGUGCAAAAGGGAUGUUCAGAGGUAGUGUCCCCAGGAUUACAUGGUAUGUUCCAGCUUCAGCACUUACGUUUAUGGCCGUGGAAUUUCUCAGAGAACAUUUCAACGAAGGAUUGAGCAAAGAUAACACCCGAGAAGUUGCUAGCGUGUCGGUGGAGAAAAAGGGAUCACCUUUGCAAGGAGCCGCUUGAGAACUGGAAACAUAUGCACAAAUUCUUUUGCCGAUACUUUCAUUGUGCUUUCGUGCAAUACGUGUACAUACACACAUAUAAAUUGCAUUUUUUUCCAAGGAAAAACAAGAGAAUUGGUAGUGCACAGCUUA